GAUCUCCAUUAUGUGGCGGGGGAUAAGGGAGAGGUGGUUCUGGCAGAAGUGGCCCAGAGGAAGGCUAAUGAAAUCCAUGCUGAAGAAGGUGUAACGACCACGUUGGGAAACCACGCAGAGCAGGACCGACCAACAGGAGCUGGCCACUGGAGGAGAGAAACACCGGGACCCUGAGCACUGAUCAGGCAUGACCAUGGAGACAAACAGGUGAACGAAGACUCGGGGAAGCUGAAAGUGGUUCAUUUUGGUCUUGUUUGAAAACAUCCUUUGACCUUUUCUUUCUCGACUGUAAACUCCAUCUUUUUUUUAUGCAUUUUUUUAAUCAAAUGUAUUCUGUAAAUAUAUCUGAUAACUGAUCUAGCUCUAUUCUGAAAUGUUGAUGCGUGAUUAGCCUAAGAAUUAUGAAUUUAAGUCUAAGUCAAAUGUGAAUAAAUAUGCUAAUGUCUUGCUAGUAGGUUUUAUUUUACAGAACGUUGUAUAGGCUAUAUAGGCCUAGCCCUGUCCAGCCCCAUCUCAGUUCUCUCACCCAGCCCUCCUGCUGAAAAAUUGUGUUUUACAUUUUCUGCCCAUUUAAUUGAAAUGUUCUUUAAUCCCAGCCUCGUUUAAAACAGUGCAGUAAUUAGGCUUUUUGUUUUUCAUGAUUGAUCCUGGUCACAAUUUACAGUAUCCUAAUACAGAGCUGUAAACUAGCCUAUUGUAUUGCUGUAUUAAAGAGGUUUUGUAUCUUGUG